AUGGAUGGGUUUUCCAGACUUAUAGUGUAUUUAAGUUGUGCUACAAAUAACUAUGCCUCGACUGUGCUUGCCCUCUUCUUAGCAGCUGUGCAGAGAUAUGGAUGGCCCUCUAGAGUACGUUCAGACAAAGGGGGUGAAAAUCUAGACGUAGCAAGAGCUAUGCUAAGGCACAGAGGGUUGAACAGGGGAAGCAUGAUUGCUGGACUCUCUGUACACAAUCAAAGGAUUGAGCGACUGUGGAGAGAUGUCUUUAUAGGAGUUGCUCACUUCUUCUACACUCUGUUUUACCAAAUGGAAGAAAAUGGUAUCCUGGAAUCAACAAGUGUCAUAGAUCUGUUCUGUUUACAUUACAUAUUUCUUCCAAGAAUAAACCACCAGUUAAAUCUCCUAGUUAAAGCAUGGAAUAAUCAUCCUGUACGCACAGAAGGUCAUUGGACUCCUUGCCAAAUCUGGGUAAAUGGUGUUAUUUCACAAGAUAAUUCUGAGAAUACUGCAGUCAGGGACAUAUUUGAUGACAGC